AAUCAUCUUUGACACACAGAACCGUAACAACCACUCCGUCACAUGGUACCAGAAGGUUAUGGGGACGUACUACUCCACUAUGUCCUUCCGAGACUUUCCCUUUGACUCACAGGCUCUGAAAGUGACGAUUACCGGAGAGGUGGGGUGGAAUCUUACGUUCCUAGCGUCGCAGUCAGGCGUAUUGAACGUUGAUAUGGAGCUCAUCGGGGACGACGUCACAGGAUGGAAGUUCAAAAGUCUGGAUUUAUAUCCCUGGAAGGUAA